AUGAUAAAUCAACCAAAUUAUUUAUUAUUUUUUUUAUUAUUUAUUUAUUUAAAUAUUUUGGUUGUGAAUUCAGAUGAAAAUAUCUUUGUAAAUUACAAUGUUAAUAGAAAUUAUAUUAAACCAGAGGAAUGUGGUUCAUUGGAAAUUCCAUGUGUUUCUUUAGAAGAUGCUGGAAAUAAAGCAAUUUUAGAAAAUAAAAAUGGAAUUGAAAAAAUUAUUAUCAAUAUUAUUGGAAAUAUCAAUGGGUCUACAUCGGCAUCAUUUGGUAAUUUAUAUAGUUUUUGUGGUGUUUUGGAAAUUAAUUCCUAUGACACUCAAAAAAUAACGAUUGAUGGAUCAAAUUCAAAUAACCCAUUUAUUAAUAUUCAAGAGAAUCAGUAUGAAAGUUGUUUAAUUCCAAAAAAAUUUCCGAUUAGAAAUAUUAAUUUUAAAAACUGGGAGCAAACAUUGGUAAAUAUUAAUAUCAACCAAGAAACAAAUCAAACUGUAAAUGUGGAAUCACUAUUUAUAUAUUUUACCAAUAAUACCAUGAAUUCUUUAAGUAAUAUUAUUUCUGUUUAUCCAAAGAACAUGGGAGAGAUUUUCAAUUCAAAAUCAAUUUCGAUACAGUUUGAUAAUUCUUUGGCUGAAAAAUUAAAACCAUCGUCAACUUUUGCACCAAAUUCAAAUACUGAUUAUUUACCACCCAUUUAUGUUGUUGGAGCUACAAUUAAAAGUAUACCUAGUUUAAAUGAUAAUAACUUUACCACCACUCCUUUUAUUUAUCUCAGUCAGGCAAUUUUAAGAUCUUCACUUCAAACAAUCACUAACAACAAUUUUUGUUAUCCAUUUGCAAUUUCAACAAAUAAGAGUACUGUGAGCUUUGCAAAUUUGUUUGCACCUUUUGACAAUAAUAAGAUUAAAACUCUUCUUUUCAUUUCUGACUCAUAUAAUGUUGAUAGUCUUUUCUUUAACUUUACCAAUAAUAUGCCAGCCGUUUGUUCCAGUAAACAAUACCUAGGUAAUAUAUUUGAUGACUCUUUUAUCACAGUAAAAAAUUCUUUCAAUUCGACUCUUAUUACUGGUAUUUCACCAAAUAAACCUUUACCUGUUUCAAUAUUUAAUAGUGUCACCGAAUUAAAUUCAAUUGAUUUAAACCGUUUUAAUUUUAAUAUUGUCAAUAGUGUUGUCAUCUUUCGUUUUAAUCUUACACUUUCUGAAUGUACUAUCACUGGAAGUAACUCUGCUCUAUACCUAGAAUAUAAUGAAACUUUGUGUAGUUGCCCAGGUUGUGACUACUAUAUGAAUGAAAGAAAAGCUUUCUCAACAGAUUGCAAUCCACCAACUGUAACUCCAACCACUACAGGUAUAGAUACAACCAGAGAACCAUCACCAUCACCAUCAUCAUCAUCGUCAUCAUCUCCAAAAAAUAACUCCAUUAGAAACAUUGUCAUAAUUAUUGUUAUUUUGGGGUCAGCAUCUAUUGCUUCAAUUGUACUCUUUUCUUUCAUCUACAAAAGACAUAAAAAUAAAAAGUAUAUACUAAAUUCCAUUUCUUCAAGUAAUACUAUGAGUGAAGAAGAUAAUGACUUAGCAGGUGCAGCUGCCGAUAAUGAUGUAUCACCAAAUCUCGAAUCUACUACUGCCUUUGAAGAUGAUGAUUGUGCACAAUUAGAACAUAUUUAA